CAUAAGCGCUCCUUCCGCUCAAAGCCCUAGCCGCAGCCAUGCCGCCCAAAUUCGAUCCGUCUCAGGUGGUGGAGGUUUACGUCCGUGUCACCGGCGGAGAGGUUGGUGCCGCAAGCUCUCUUGCCCCUAAGAUUGGUCCCCUUGGCCUCUCCCCCAAGAAGGUCGGAGAAGACAUCGCCAAGGAGACGGCUAGGGACUGGAAAGGACUACGCGUCACCGUCAAGCUGACUGUUCAGAACCGACAGGCGAAGGUCUCCGUCGUGCCUUCGGCGGCGGCGCUCGUUAUCAAGGCUCUUAAAGAGCCCGAGCGCGAUCGCAAGAAGACGAAGAACAUCAAGCACAGCGGGAACAUCUCGCUUGACGAUGUGAUCGAGAUUGCUAGGGUCAUGAGGUCAAGAUCUAUGGCUAAGGAUCUCAGCGGCACCAUCAAGGAGAUUCUGGGAACGUGCGUCUCUGUCGGAUGCACCGUAGAUGGGAAGGAUCCAAAGGACUUGCAGACGGAGAUCACUGAAGGGGAUGUCGAAGUGCCGCUUGAGUAAGUAUCGUUUGAUCGUAGUUGGGAUUCUUACGGGUUUCUUGAUUUGGUAUUCUGUUUUGCACCUUUCGAACAUUUGAACAUUUGAAGAUCAUUGUAACUUAAGAUGAAUUUUGAGAGAUUGCUUGCUUUAGAUUUACUGCAUUUUAAUGACAAUAUAGUUUAGUAAUUUUAUUUUCUUACAUGGUUAUAAGAAUGU